AUGGAUAUCAUUCAGAAAUCAGUACUGGAUCCCCUCCAGCCUUACCUCCAACCUAUUGUCAAAGCGAUCCCCGAACCCGUUCACGAUGCAGUCGUCUCGUUGAUUGGCGCACCUUGCCACAGCGCGCUGCUCCUCGAUCUCAGCUUGACCAAGGACCCUGCCUGUACCUCCCUAGCGAUCUCCAAGGCCCUCGGAAUCGCCAUCGUCGGUGCUAGUGCCGUCGUGAAGGUUCCCCAGAUCCUGAAGCUCAUCAAUUCGCGCUCUUCCGCCGGUGUUUCUUUCGUCUCCUACGCCCUUGAAACGGCCAGCCUGCUUAUUACACUUUCCUAUGGCGUGCGCAACCAGUUCCCCUUCAGCACUUACGGCGAGUCAGCUCUUAUUGCCGUGCAAGACAUUGCCGUCGGUGUUCUUGUUUUGAACUACGCCGGCAAGUCCGCUGCCGCCGCGGCCUUUGUCGCCGUUGUCGCCGCCAGCGUGUACGCGCUUCUCUUCGAUCAGACCCUCAUCGAUGCGCAGACCAUGUCGUAUCUGCAAGCUGGUGCUGGUGCUUUGGGUAUUGCGAGCAAGCUGCCCCAGAUCUAUGCUAUUUGGAGCCAGGGAGGAACCGGACAGUUGAGCGCUUUCGCCGUCUUCAACUACCUCGUCGGAUCCCUCUCCCGUAUUUUCACUACCCUUCAGGAAGUCGACGACAAGCUCAUUCUCUACGGGUUCAUCGCCGGCUUCUCCCUCAACGUGAUCCUCGCUGCACAGAUGGUUUACUACUGGAACAGUCCCGCGCAGACGCAGACGCCGAAGUCGAAAAAGGCUGCCGGUAAGCAAAAGGCUGUCGACCAGAGCCCUAUCGCUCAAAGCUCCGGUGCUUCGCCGAAAGGUUCGAAGACGCCCACAACUCGCCGACGGGGUUAG